GGUUUCCAUACUUGGGUUCGAAACUAUAGUAAGAUUUGUUGUGCAUGAUUUCGCACGAAUAUCGGUUGCUUCUUUGGAACGUAACAAGUAAUGGAUGGAAAUUCAAAGAAUGUUCCCGGAGAACGUCUUCCGAGUUGCAAUUCAAAUAAGAGUCCUUCCGCCCUAUCUUAAACGAAUCUCAUCAUGUCUCAUGCCCGCUUCCUGGGCCGUCUCUCGGAAUCUCCACAACGCGCAAAGACUAAUCAUACCCAUUUUUGAAGAGCGCAGGCGAAUGGAAAUAAUUAACGAUCCAGAUUAUAAACCAAUAAAUGAUUUUCCACAGUGGUUGAUGGAUGAGGCUUGGAACGAACGGGAUGGGCAACCGGCAGAGCUAGUUCAUAGACUGCUUGUUUUGAGGUUGGCGUCUGUUCACACAACUUCUAUAACGGCAACUCAGGUUCUGUAUGACAUUAUAGCUCAUCCAAAAUACCUCGAACCGCUCCGAGAAGAGACCUUACAGGCUCUAAAGGAGGAUGGCGGUUGGCAGAAGACGACGCUCACAAAAAUGAGAAAGCCUGACAGUUUCAUGAAAGAGUCACAAAGAUUAAACGGUCCCAGUCUUAUUGGCUUCAAACGUGCUGCAAUGGAAGAUAUAAAGCUUUCUGACCGCACGAUACUUCCAAAGGGUGUUCAUAUGGUAGUGCCUGUUGUGCCGAUUAUUCUCGAGUCUGUAACACCCGAUCCAGGUGUUUUCCAGGGCUUGCGCUUAUAUUACGAGGGGCAAAAGCCAGGACAAAGCAACCUUCAUCAAUUCGCCAUGACUGAUAAGAAUAACAUGCAUUUCGGUCAUGGAAAAUACUCCUGUCCAGGCAGAUUUCUUGCAGCACAUGCCAUCAAAAUUCUGAUUGCUCAUCUUAUUCUCAAUUACGAUUCCGAAUUUCCAGAAGGCAAAUCUCGGCCAGGAAAUUUGUUAGCUCAUGAGUGUUGUUUCCCAGACCCUACAGCACGUAUAUUAAUGAAGGAACGAGAGAGCCCUUGGAGCAUAUGAUUCUUCUUCACUUUUUAACUGUCAUGCCAAUUUCUCUUGCCGCUUACAUACGGUUGGAGGAUAAACUAACCCUUAAAAUUGAAUGGUUUUAAUUCUUCUAUCUAGAUUUGACAUUCACGUACCUGGGAACCCGUGCUUUUGGGGAUUCGGUCCAACUCAACUUUGGAAAAAAUGAAGGAUUUUUAUUCGUGCCUUCUCACUCAUAUAUCUACAUUAAGAGUAGAUUUAAUGCCCAACAGCAAGCCUUGACUGCGUAUAUUAACCAUUUAACUCUAUAAUAUUUUGCCUGAAGAGGCAGUUCCAACGGCUCUACUUUCCUAUUUCA